GAGCAGGAGGUCCAAUGCGCAGUGGUCAGCCCCGCGGACGACAGCGGCAAGGAGGUAAUCGAGGCCAUCUGGAUGUGCCAGCCGUGCCACGACUUUAAGUGCGAGGAAGCGCCCGAUACCGACUUUCGGGAUUUCGUCGAGGAGACGACUUCGGAGCCAGCAAAGCAGUCGGGGUUGCUGCGCGCCCUGGGCAAGGCCGACGGCACCGAGCAGGUGGACGAAGAUCCAGAGAUAGGCUUGCCAAUGGAGCUGGUGUCUGGCGAGGAGGUCGGGUAUCUCAUCGAGGAGUCGUUCGAGCUCCUCACGAAGACGGAGUUCGAGUCGAAGGCAAAGAAAACUCCACAGUCGGUCAACGCAAAAGCCGUCAAGAAGCGGUCGCCGUUGACGGGGAAGGUUGAAGUGCGGUACGCGUUUCCGAUCCCUGGCCGCCCUCGGCCACUGCUGAAGGUCUACUCGAAGGUAUCGGCCAGCGUGACGAAGAGGAGGGCCAAGAAGGACAUGGCUGUGAAGUUCAAGGAACACGUCGAGCUGGCCUUCAGGGGUUUCGUCAAGAAGGUGAUUGGCGCCACUGGCGUGGGGGUGCUGACUCGCUACUUGAGCACCUUCGACGAGAUCGUGGGCAGGCAGGCGCCCAACGAGGAGACCCCUGUCAAAGGCAGUGGCGCAGCGAGCUCAGCUGAAGCCGCGGGCAGCGACGGCAAGGCGACGUCGCUCUUGGCCAUCACGGACGCGGCCACGCCCGAGGGUGAAGGCGAAGAUGGCAAGCCUGGGGGCGACCUUGGCGAAGACUUCGAUGACAUGGAGUCGAGCCCUGCUGUGGAGAUUGGCAUGCCGCAAGCACAGCUCCCACCCAAGAGGCCGCAGUGCUUCUCCACGGCCCCGCUGGGGACUGCGAAGCAUUGGAUCGAUAGGUCGCCAUUGGAAGACGUUCUUCUGGGGGCCGAGUGCAAGAGGGAGCUCAACCAGCUGUCCAUCAUCGAGAAGUCGAAGGAAUCCCCGCCCCUCCAGCGUGACAACGCUACGCGGCACAUCAGUCUCAUCAGGAACUGCUACGAGCUUCAGGGGCCGAACAUCGCUGAGUUGAAGCGCGAGCGGAAGGCAGAGCUCUUGGAAUUAGUCAAGCCGUCCAUCCAGAGUUGGCCGACCUUCACCCAGUUCAACCUCAUCGUCUACGACACUGUUCAGCUGUGGCAGAGCAUUCGGAAGGCGGAGGGCCAGCACGGCGCCCUCCAGGAGGUCUGCAGGAUCCUCCAG